GACAACCACAACUGUAGCUCCUCCAGAAACCACAACAGCAGAUACUACAAUAACUGUAGUUCCUACCACCACUACAGCACCCACUACGUCAAUAUUAACUGAAGGUCCUAGUACCAUUUUAACCUCCAAGACAACCAAAACUGACGCUCCUCCUACAACAACUGUAGUUCCUACAAUCUCUACAACCUCAUCACCUACUACGUCAAUCACAACUGCAGGUCCUACCACCACUUUAACUGCUACGACAACCACAGCUGAAGUUCCUACAGAAAUCACAACCGUAGCUCCGAUGACCACAAUUGCAACUUCAACUGUAGCAUCACCUACAACAACAACUACAGAUGCUUCCACAACCACAAGUGCAGCACCUACUACAUCAAUCCCAACUGCAGGUCCUACUAUCAUUUUACCUCAAUCGACAACCACAACAACAACUGUAGCUCCGUCAAUGUCAAUCUCAACUGCAGGUCCUACUACCAAUUUAACUCCAAUGACAACCACAACUGAAGCUCCUACAGACAUCAUAACUGUAGCUCCUAUGCCCCCCACAAUUGCAACUUCAACUACAACUGUUGAAUCACCUACAACAACAACUACAGAUGCUUCCACAACCACAACUGCAGCACCUACUAAGUCAAUCUCAACUGCAGGUCCUAUUUCCAUUAUAACUCAUACGACAACUACAAAUGAAGCUAUUAAAGAAAUCACAACUGUUGCUCCUAUGACCCCCACAAUUGCAGCUUCUACUACAACUGUAGCUCCUAUGACCACUACAACUGCAGCAGCUCCUAUAAAAACAACUGUAGCUGAUUCCACAACUGCAGCACAUACUACAUCAAUUACAACUCCAGUUCCUAUUACCAUUUUACCUCCUACGACAAGCACAACUGAAGCUCCUUCAGACGUCCCUACUGUAGCUCCUUUGAACCCCACAAUUGCCGCUUCUACUUCAACAACUGUACCUCCCACGAUCACUACAACUGCAGCAGCUCCUACAACAACAACUGUAGCUGCUUCUACAACUACUACUGCAUCCCCUACUGCAACCACAACUGUAGCUCCUUCAAUUCCAAUCACAACUGCAGCUCCUACAACAACAAAUCUUAAUCCUACAACCUCUACAACUUCAGCACCCACUACGUCAUUCACAACUGCAGGUCCUUCUACCAUUUUACCUCCUUCGACAACCACAACUGUAUCACCUACGACAACCACAACAACAUCCACUACAAGAACUGUAGCUCCUACAAUGUCAAUCUCAACUGCAAGUCCUACGACCAAUUUAACUUCAACGACAACCACAACUGAAGCUCCUAUAGACAUCACAACUGUAGCUCUUAUGACCCCCACAAUUGCAGCUUCUACUUCAACAACUGUUGCUCCCACGACCACAACUGCAGCAACUCCUAUAACAACAACUGAGGCUGCUUCAGACGUCACUUCUGUAGCUCCUUUGAACCCCACAAUCGCAGCUUCUUCUUCAACAACUGUAGCUCCCACGAUCACAACAACUUUAGCAGCUCCUACAACAAAAACUCUAGCUGUUUCCACAACUACUACUGCAUCCCCUAUUGCAACCACAACUGAAGCAUAUUCUACAACAACUGUAACACUAACGACUUUAGCAGCAACAGUCCCAACGACAACUGCAGCUAAUACCUCAACUGAAGCUCCUUCAAUGCCAAUCACAACUGCAGCUCCGACAACAACAACUCUUGCUCUUACAACCUCUACAACUUCAGCACCCACUACGUCAUUCACAACUGCAGGUCCUACUAGAAUUUUACCUCAUUCGACAAGCACAACUGUAUCACCUACAACAACAACCACUACAACAACUGUAGCUCCUACAAUGUUGAUCUCAACUGCAGGUCCUACUACCAAUUUAACUCCAAUGACAACCACAACUGAAGCUCCUACAGACAUCACUUCUGGAGCUCCGUUGAACCCCACAAUAUCAGCUUCUUCUUCAACAACUGUAGCUCCCACGAUCACUACAACUGCAGAAGCUCCUACAACAACAACAGUAGCUGCUUCUACAAUUACUACUGCAUCCCCUACUGACACCACAACAGAAGCUCCUUCUACAACAACUGUAGCACCAAUGACUUUAGGAACAACAGUCCCAACGACAACUGCAGCUAAUUCCUCAACUGUAGCUCCUUCAAUGCCAAUCAUAACUGCAGCUCCUACAACAACAACUCUUGCUCCUAAAACCUCUACAACUUCAGCACCAACUACUUUAUUCACAACUGCAGGUCCUACUACCAUUUCUCCUCCUUCGACUACCACAACGACAUCCACUACAACAACAGCAGCACCUACUAUGUCAGUCACAACUGCAGGUCCUACAGAAAUCACAACUGUAGUUCUUAUGACCCCCACAAUUGCAGUUUCUACUUCAACAACUAUUGCUACCACGACCACUACAACUGCAGAAGCCCCUACAACAACAACUGUAGCUGCUUCAACAACCACAGGUGCAGCACCUACUACAUCAAUCACAACUGCAGGUCCUACUAUCAUUUUACCUCAAUCGACAACCACAACAACAUCCACUACAACAACUGUAGCUCCGACAAUGUCAAUCUCAACUGCAGGUCCUACUACCAAUUUAACUCCAAUGACAACCACAACUGAAACUCCUACAGACAUCAUAACUGUAGCUCCUAUGCCCACCACAAUUGCAACUUCAACUUCAACUGUAGCAUCACCGACAACAACAACUACAGAUGCUUCCACAAGUGCAGCACCUACUACAUCAAUCCCAACUGCAGGUCCUACUAUCAUUUUACCUCAAUCGACAACCACAACAACAACUGUAACUCCUACAAUGUCAAUCUCAACUGCAGGUCCUACUACCAAUUUAACUCCAAUGACAACCACAACUGAAGCUCCUUCAGAAAUCACAAUUGUAGCUCUUAUGACCCCCACAAUUGCAGCUUCUACUUCAACAACUGUUGCUCCCACGACCACAACUGCAGCAGCUCCUAUAACAACAACUGUAGAUGCUUCCAUAAACACAAUAGCAGCACCUACUACGUCAAUCACAACUACAGGUCCUACAGAAAUCACAACUGUAGCUCUUAUGCCCCCCACAAUUGCAACUUCAAUUACAACUGUAGCAUCACCUACAACAACAACUACAGAUGCUUCCACAACCACAAGUGCAGCACCUACUACAUCAAUCCCAACUGCAGGUCCUACUAUCAUUUUACCUCAAUCGACAACCACAACAACAUCCACUACAACAACUGUAGCUCCGUCAAUGUCAAUCUCAACUGCAGGUCCUACUACCAAUUUAACUCCAAUGACAACCACAACUGAAGCUCUUACAGACAUAAUAACUGUAGCUCCUAUGCCCCCCACAAUUACAACUUCAACUACAACUGUUGAAUCACCUACAACAACAACUACAGAUGCUUCCACAACCACAAGUGCAGCACCUACUACAUCAAUCCCAACUGCAGGUCCUACUUCCAUUUUGACUCCUAAGACAAUCACGACUGAAGCUCUUAUGACCCCCACAAUUGCAGCUUCUACUUCAACAACUGUUGCUCCCACGACCACAACUGCAGCAGCUCCUAUAACAACAACUGGAGAUGCUUCCAUAAACACAACAGCAGCACCUACUACGCCAAUCACAACUGCAGGUCCUACAGAAAUCACAACUGUAGCUCUCAUGCCCCCCACAAUUGCAACUGGAGCAUCACCUACAACAACAACUACAGAUGCUUCCACAACCACAAGUGCAGCACCUACUACAUCAAUCCCAACUGCAGGACCUACUAUCAUUUUACCUCAAUCGACAACCACAACAACAUCCACUACAACAACUGUAGCUCCUACAAUGUCAAUCUCAACUGCAGGUCCUACUACCAAUUUAACUCCAAUGACAACCACAACUGAAGCUUCUACAGACAUCACAACUGUAGCUCCUAUGCAACCCACAAUUAGAAAUUCAACUGUAGCAUCACCUACAACAACAACUACAGAUGUUUCCACAACCGCAAGUGCAGCACCUACUACAUCAAUCCCAACUGCAGGUCCUACUACCAUUUUGACUCCUAAGACAAUCACGACUGAAGCUCCUACAGGAAUCACAACUGUAGCUCUUAUGACCCCUACAAUUGCAGCUUCUACUUCAACAACUGUUGCUCCCACGACCACAAAUGCAGCAGCUCCUGUAACAACAACUGGAGAUGCUUCCAUAAACACAACAGCAGCACCUACUACGUCAAUCACAACUGCAGGUCCUACAGAAAUCACAACUGUAGCUCUCAUGCCCCCCACAAUUGCAACUUCAAUUACAACUGUAGCAUCACCUACAACAACAACUACAGAUGCUUCCACAACCACAAGUGCAGCACCUACUACAUCAAUCCCAACUGCAGGUCCUACUACCAUUUUACCUCAAUCGACAACCACUACAACAACUGCAGCUCCUACAAUGUCAAUCUCAAGUGCAGGUCCUACUACCAAUUUAACUCCAACGACAACCACAACUGAAGCUCCUACAGACAUCACAAGUGUAGCUCCUAUGCCCCCCACAAUUGCAACUUCAACCACAACUGCAGAUGCUUCCACAACCACAGGUGCAGCACCUACUACAUCAAUCACAACUGCAGGUCCUACUACCAUUUUGACUCCUAAGACCAUCACAACUGCAGCUCUUAUGACCCCAACAAUUGCAGCUUCUACUUCAACAACUGUUGCUCCCACGACCACAACUGCAGCAGCUCCUAUAACAACAAUUGUAGCUGCUUCCACAAACAAAACAGCAGCACCUACUACGUCAAUCACAACUGCAGGUCCUACUAACAUUUUACCUCCUUCGACAACCACAACUGUAUCACCUACGACAACCUCAACAACUGUAGCUCCUACAAUGUCAAUCUCAACUGCAGGUCCUACUACCAUUUUACCUCCUACGACAACCACAACUGAAGCUAAUACAGAAAUCACAACUGUAGCUCCUACAACACCAAUCACAACUGCAGGUCCUAAAACCAUAUUAAUGACAACCGCCACUGCAACUUCUACUACAACUACAAAUGCAGGUCCUUCAACCACCACAACUGCAGCUCCUACAAGUACAACCACAAUUGCACUUCCUACCUCGACAACCACAACGGCAUCAUUUACCUCAACUUCUACGGCUUCAGUGGCAUCAACUAGAUUUGGCACAGUGGUGGUUUUUGUAAGACUAGAGUUCCAGCUCAACACAGCAGUCCCCAGUAAGGAUGUCGUCCUUGGUGCCGUCGACAAGAAACUGUCUACACAAUUCAGGACCUUCAAAAUUCAAAGAAACACUCAAGCCACCCUCCAGAAUGCAACUUAUAUCAAACUUUCAGAUACUUCAUUUGCUGUUGAUCUUGGUUUCAAAAUAACCAAUGUAUCCAUGGAGGAGAGACUGCUUCAAAGUGCUAGAGUCACUUUCACCGAUGAUACCUACAGCCAGAUACAGGAUUCAAUUAACAGCCUACUGCAUGAUAUUCUCAGUGAACCAAACGGCAAACAAUUUGACUUUCCCAAAGCCAAAUUUAGUGUUGUUGGCAAUCAAAUCAGGGCAAACGUGACGUAUGUAUACAAAGAGAAAGACGUCAACCUCCCUAGUGCCUUUCUAGGGGAUGUUUUAAAAGGCUCAGGUCUCCUAACAACCACUGUUGCACCAACAACAACUACCAGCACCUCACCACCUACUACCCCUUUGCUGUCCACUCCUUUCAGUAUAAGUGACAGAGGUUUUCCUGGCUGGGCUUUGGCCAUUAUCAUCCCCUGUGGCAUCGCUAUCAUUCUGGUACCCCUGUGGAUCCUGCUAUGUUGCAUGCUAUGUGGCGGCUGUGCAGCUUUAAGGAGACGCUGGCAACAACACAGAGCUUACAACGUACAGUACACCACAAGAAACGGCAUCUUCUGAGGUGACAAGACUAUCAAAAUAACAGCCAAUCAUCUAUAUCUGCUCAUCAUCACAACAAAUAAUAUAUUUUUCAUGUAAUCCAUACACCAUUAAGUUUGAGAAGAUCAAACACAGACUUGCUUUUAUUUUUAUAACAAAAUUGCAUUGUUCUUGAUAGGGUUAAUAGGUCACGUGUUUCCCCAAAGUACUACUUUUUAAUAUUAUAUAUUAUUUCUCAUUUUAGUCAAAGCUACAGCUGAGCUGGUAUAUUAUGCAUUUAUGUAAUUUAAUCAUUUAUAUACACAGAAAUAUUAUUUUUGAUUUUUGUCAUUUCCCCUGCUGAUUUAAGCUAUUAACUCACUAUAUUUGAAAGUCUGCAAUACAGCACUUGUUUCUUUAUCAUACAAUUUAACACAUGUAAUAAAAGCCUUUCAAAUCAA